GCGGAGGGCUCCGGAGCGUGGCCGCGCUGAGGACCGUGCCCAGGACGGCGGCGACAGGAGGUGGGUGGGGGGCGAUAUCUACCUUCCCUCCCCCGCCCCGAGCCCGCUCCUUUGUCCACGCGCUUUGAAGUGCUGGGGGAUCGCCGGGGUGGGAGCAUUGUUGUUCGCCAGCAAACGAUCAGUCAUGCUGGGGAGAGAGUAGCGAGUGUACGCGGGGCUGGGGCCGGCAGAAGCAGAAGCGGACGGGGAGGAGAGAGGAUUGCGAGAGAGGAUUGCUGCCUGCCUCCCAGUGCCCUGCAUGGACCGCGAAAGAGACGCGCUGAGUUGACCCUGCCCGAGCUGUUUCUGCUUCUACAUGUGAGAUCCGGUUGGUUUUUUCUUUCCACCUCUUUCUCUCCAGCCUCCUUCUCGUGUUCUUCACUUACUCCCGUAUGCAAAAUGGUGGACCCUGUGGGGUUUGUAGAGGCUUGGAAAGCACAAUUUGCAGACUCUGAGCCUCCUAAAAUGGAGCUGAAAUCUGUGGGAGACAUUGAACAGGAACUGGAGAUGUGCAAAGCAUCUAUCCGGAGACUGGAGAUGGAGGUUAACAAGGAGAGGUUCCGCAUGAUUUACCUGCAGACUCUUCUGGCAAAGGAGAAAAAAAGCUAUGAUAGACAGAGAUGGGGUUUUAAACGUGUUUCUCAGUUGCCUGAAGGGGGUGCAGAACAGCAGGUCCAGGACCUGCAUCACCAAUCUGCUGACCAAGAUGAAUAUGAAAAAAGCAAGUCACAUCAUGGGGAGGAAAAGUUUAAACCCAGGAUACCCUCUAUGCGGAAGCUGUCUACCCAGAGUGAUGGGUCAGACCUGUCACCUUUGGACAGCCCCCACCAUGGAGAAGGAGAGCAGGACAGGUGUAAGUACUACGGUGAGGAGAAACUGAAGAGAGUUGUGGAAGACAUGGAGAAUCGCUGUGAUACAGAUGGCUCUCCUUCAAAACACAGAUCAGCUUCCACCCGCAGACUGGUGGGAUCUGCUGAGAAGGAGGGGUCAUUUGAACCUAAGGAGAGAGGGAACAGCACCAGUGUGGCAGCCCUAAGGUCCAAUUUUGAGAGAAUGAAAAAGGUUAAUUCGCAUUCUUCUGGAGAUAACAAGGAUGUUGUUGAAAAGCCCUUUUAUGUGAACAUGGAGUAUCAUCAUGAGAAGGGUUUAGUAAAGGUCAACGAUAAAGAUGUUUCUGAUAAAAUAAGUUCCCUUGGUAGCCAAGCCAUGCAAAUGGAACGCAAAAAGUCUUUGCACUCCCUCCCUUCUAACAUGGUACCCAGCUUCAGCGAGUUCCAGAGGCCUGCCUACAGGGGAAGGUCCUCAGAGAGCAGCUUUGGCUAUGAUGGAGAAUAUGAGGAUGCUGAACUGAACCCCAAGUUUCUUAAAGAUAACCUGAUUAAUGCUAAUGGCAGCAACCGCUCACCUUGGCAGCCCAUGGACUUUCAGCCGUAUCAGAGUAUCUACGUUGGUGGAAUGAUGGGGGAAGGAGAAGGAAAAGGACCUAUUCUGCGAAAUCAGGGCCAGCCUGACCAGGAAAAACAUCUCACGUGGCCCAGGAGAUCUUACUCCCCCAGGAGUUUUGAAGAUAUUGGAGGAGGAUAUACUCCUGAUUGUAGCUCUAAUGAGAACCUUACCUCCAGUGAGGAAGACUUCUCCUCAGGACAGUCCAGCCAUGUGUCCCCCAGCCCCACCACUUACCGCAUGUAUCGGGAUAAAAGCCGUUCCCCCUCCCAGAACUCUCAGCAGUCCUUUGACAGCAGCAGCCCACCAACCCCCCAGUCUCAGAAACGACACCGGCAGCAGCAGGUCAUCGUGUCUGAGGCCACUAUUGUGGGUGUACGAAAAACAGGACAGAUCUGGCCAAGUGAUGGGGAUUUGCCCUCUGGGAGAUGUCACCAGGACAGCUGUUUCCAUGGGGAUACAGAUGCCCCGUUCGGGGGGACCCCGCCUGGCUACGCGUACGAUGCUGACCGCGCCGAGGAGCAGAGGCGGCACCAUGACAUGAUGCCCUACAUCGAUGACUCGCCAUCCUCCUCUCCACACCUCAGCUCCAAGAGCCGCGGCAGCCGGGACACGCUGUCCUCGGGCUCUCUGGAAUCCACAAAAUCUAGUGAGCCAGACCUGGAGAAAGGCCUGGAGAUGAGAAAAUGGGUCCUGUCAGGAAUCCUAGCCAGUGAGGAAACCUAUCUGAGCCACCUGGAGGCCCUGCUGCUGCCUAUGAAGCCUUUGAAAGCCGCUGCCACCACCUCCCAGCCUGUGCUGACCAGUCAGCAGAUUGAGACAAUAUUCUUCAAAGUGCCUGAGCUCUAUGAGAUCCACAAAGAAUUCUACGAUGGGCUCUUUCCCCGAGUGCAGCAGUGGAGUCAUCAGCAACGUGUUGGGGACCUCUUCCAAAAGCUGGCCAGCCAGCUGGGAGUGUACCGGGCCUUUGUGGAUAACUAUGAAGUUGCUAUGGAGACAGCAGAGAAAUGCUGCCAAGCCAAUGCUCAGUUUGCUGAAAUCUCUGAGAAUCUAAAGGCCAGAAGCACAAAGGAAUCUAAAGAUCAGACGACGAAAAAUUCCUUGGAAACUCUGCUGUACAAGCCAGUGGAUCGAGUGACCCGCAGCACACUUGUCUUGCAUGAUUUGCUCAAGCACACUCCUGUGAGCCACCCUGACCAUCCCCUGCUGCAGGAUGCUCUGCGGAUCUCGCAGAACUUCCUCUCCAGCAUCAACGAAGAGAUCACUCCUCGCCGGCAAUCCAUGACUGUAAAGAAAGGGGAGCAUCGGCAGCUGCUGAAGGACAGUUUCAUGGUGGAGCUGGUGGAAGGGGCUCGCAAGCUGCGGCAUGUCUUUCUUUUCACUGACCUCUUCCUGUGUGCCAAGCUCAAGAAGCAGAUUGGAGGAAAAAGCCAACAAUAUGACUGCAAGUGGUACAUCCCGCUCACUGACCUCAGUUUCCAAAUGGUGGAUGAGUCUGAGGCAGUGCCCAAUAUCCCACUGGUACCUGAUGAGGAGCUGGAUGCCAUGAAGAUCAAGAUAUCCCAGAUCAAGAAUGACAUCCAGCGGGAAAAGAGGGCCAAUAAAGGCAGCAAGGUGAUUGAGAGGUUGAAAAAGAAGCUCUCGGAGCAAGAAUCCCUCCUACUGCUGAUGUCUCCCAACAUGGCUUUCCGGGUACACAAUCGCAACGGCAAGAGUUACACAUUCCUCAUUUCAUCAGACUAUGAAAGAGCAGAGUGGAGGGAGAAUAUCCGGGAGCAGCAGAAGAAAUGCUUUAAAAGCUUCUCCCUCACAUCGGUGGAACUCCAGAUGCUGACAAACUCCUGUGUGAAGCUUCAGACAGUCCACAACAUUCCCCUCACUAUCAAUAAGGAAGAUGAUGAAUCCCCAGGUCUCUAUGGAUUCCUGAAUGUCAUUGUCCACUCUGCCACAGGAUUCAAGCAAAGCUCAAAUUUGUACUGCACGUUAGAGGUGGAUUCUUUUGGGUAUUUUGUGAACAAGGCCAAAACAAGAGUUUACAGAGACACCACGGAGCCCAACUGGAAUGAGGAGUUUGAGAUUGAGCUGGAGGGCUCACAGACACUGCGGAUUCUGUGCUAUGAAAAGUGCUACAACAAAACCAAGCUCACCAAAGAGGAUGGAGAGAGCACAGAUCGUAUCAUGGGGAAAGGACAGAUCCAGCUGGACCCACAGGCACUGCAGGACAAAGAUUGGCAGCGCACAGUCAUCUCAAUGAAUGGGGUGGAAGUGAAGCUAUCAGUGAAGUUCACCAGUCGGGAGUUCAGCCUGAAAAGGAUGCCGUCCCGCAAGCAGACCGGCGUGUUUGGGGUCAAGAUUGCCAUUGUCACCAAGAGAGAGAGGUCGAAGGUGCCGUACAUUGUGCGGCAGUGCGUGGAGGAGAUCGAGAGGCGCGGGAUGGAGGAGGUGGGGAUUUACCGCGUCUCUGGGGUUGCAACCGACAUCCAGGCUUUGAAAGCUGCCUUUGAUGUCAGCACCCUCAAACUGUACUUCCGGGAGCUGCCAGAACCGCUCUUCACAGAUGAACUGUACCCCAACUUCGCUGAAGGCAUUGCACUUUCAGAUCCUGUUGCAAAGGAGAGCUGUAUGUUGAAUCUGUUGCUAUCACUUCCAGAACCCAACCUUGUGACAUUCCUUUUCCUUCUGGACCAUUUAAAAAGGGUUGCUGAGAGGGAAAGUGUGAACAAGAUGUCCCUGCAUAAUCUUGCCACUGUCUUUGGACCAACACUGCUCAGACCUUCAGAGAAGGACAGUAAAAUCCCUGCUAACCCAACCCAGCCCAUCACAAUGACUGACAGCUGGUCACUAGAAGUCAUGUCCCAGGUUCAAGUUCUUCUGUACUUCCUGCAGCUAGAGACUAUCCCUACCCCAGACAGCAAGAGGCAAAGCAUUCUCUUUUCCACAGAGGUGUAGGUGCCUGUGGUACCAACAGGACACAAACUGCUUUUGGCAUAACUGUCACCCUGGGAAAAAGAUGAGUGGUGUUUCCUGGGACUGGCCUGUUCCUGUGCUGGGGAAUUCCAGCCCUCAAUGCUUCUGCUGUUUAACCAGACACAAGCUGGAGAGAAUGGAGAAAAAACCCCCUUGUGCUGGCAGAACCAGAACCGACCGGAGACGGAGCUGUGCGGAGUCUCCACUAGAAGGAGCAAUAGACACUUGGACAAAUGCACCAGGGAGUGCGGCGAUUAUUCUUGUUGGGAAUGUGACAGAAGGUAUUCCUCAUUUUAUGGAUUUAAUUUAUCGUAAAGAAACUUCAAGAUUUCUACUGGACCACUUGAUAGGACACCCCUUUUUGGGAGAGGGGGCAUUAAAGGAUAUAUCACAACUGUGUCUUUAAUAACUGCUGUUUUUCAAGUACUGUUUGAGGCCACAAAAAAUAGCAUUGCUUUGCAAGAGGAAGGAGAAGAGAAGGGAUCUAAAAUUCUCUCCACAGAAAUUCAAGUCUUGAUUUGAAUAUGGUUCUAAAUCAAAAAGUUUUACAUACAGCUAGAACUUUCGUCUGGUUGGGAGCUAGGUUUGUUUUUUUUUUUUUUUUGUUUGCAUUUUGGCUCACCCAGCCCUUCUCAUAGAAAUGUUUGUACACCACAGGGAAGGAGAUGCCCUGCUCUUGCCUAUGUUGCACUUCUGAUGGGUUUUGUUGGGUUGAGACAGACUCAACAAAAUUAAAUAAAUAAAUACAGCAAAUUAAAGAGAGGCAGGGAGGAUAAUAGUCAGUGAUUCUUUUGUUUGUUUGCGUAUAAAAGCAGGGGCAAUAUUAUCCAGGAAGGAUUUUUAUAUUCCUUAGACCCCACCAAACUUAAUAAAAAUUAAUUGGGAAGACUAUUAAUUCCCAACACUCCAAAGAAAAUACAUUAUCUCUGCAAAAGUAAUUGAAGAAUUUGUGGAUUAAAAAAAAAAAAGUCAAUGGCUCUCAGUUUGGCUGGCUGCUUACUCCAGACUUUUAUCAGAACAUCUUUUUUGUGAUACUUGAAUUUUUGGAGGCUUUGUACAUUGUUUCUACAAGAGUCUUUUUCUGAUAGAUACAAACACUCUGAAAAAAUGCCAGAAUGUACUUUAUGGACAAUCUAGCAAGUAGCAUGCAUUGUGGAUUUCCAGAAAUUCCAAACUGUUUUAAUUAAGAGCAGUGGAGAAAUUUCUGUGGAACUCCAUCUAACAAAAGGUCUGGCCAAACACCAAUUUUGUAUUUCCCUCCCUAAAUCAGUUGAAGUUACAGGGGUGGAAAAGGCAGCAGUAUUUGUCCAGGGAAUUGAAACUGCAGAAUCUAAUUGCUGGUAUCCAGAGCUGGCAUUCUGGCUCUGAAGCAGAUGUGCCAAACAUCCUGGGGGUGGGAGCGAUGCCAUUUUCCUAAACUCUUCCAGCCCCCACUACUCGUACCCAGCUAUGCAGCAUCCAUUUAGUGGCAUCUGUCCAUCAUCAUCCUGGCAAGAAGAAAAGUACAGCUGGAAGACAAGGGAAGGAAUUGGCACAAAAAGGGGUGGGAGGGACAGAUUUUGAAAGAUUGGUAGGGUCAGGUUGUCAACAUCAUUUGGAGGGAAAUAUGACACAGACAGCAACUCUUGUGCUGAAUUGCACAUUUUCUGCUGGGUGAUCUGCAAACUCAAUUAAAAAAAUAGCGAAGAAGUAUUUAAAGCAAAUAGAAAAAAAAUAAAGGGAAAUUAUUUUGUAGUCACUGUAAUUCUGACUGCUGCAGAAUAUUAGAAAUUAUUGUACUGUGAAGUUGCGAAAUCAGAAAGGAAAAAAUAUAAAUUUCAAUUUUGUGAGUAUAUCAAUAUUUUGCAUGCUUUGUAAGGAUUCUUAUAGGAAUUUAAUAUUGCUUAGUAUCCCUCCCUCCUUAGGUCUGGGAGCAAACCUCUUUGUAAUGUAAUGUACAACUAGAAAUUCCUUCUCUCUUGUAUGUAUUUCCAUGACAUUCCAACUUCUGAACCCACAAAAAAGAAAAAACUGUGUGUAGUAGGAGGUGCUUUUUGGGGGAGGGAGGGAAUGAAGGCAAGGAAACUUGAAGGCUUAAGAUUUUGAUUUUUUUAAUUUUUAUUUUCAUUUUUUGCCUGUUUGAAGGUAAAAAUAAGUCACAAUCCUGAAAAAGCAUUGACUUGAGCCAUGUCCUGCAGAGCAGUAAAGCAUUCUCUGUGUUUGUUUCUCUGUAUUUGUUCUCCCUUUUCCCCAGCAGCUCUACAGCAAUCCUUGCACUCCUGCCUGCUCCCACUCGGGGGAUGGCCCUGAGGCAGGAGCACUGCUGAUGACUUCAGGAAAAGGGGAAAAAACCCAAGCUACACCUGGUGCUGGGUGAUAGCCUUUUCCUUUGGUGUUUGGAAUCUGUGGCUGCUCCUUGCAGUGUUGAAACUGGAAAGCAAUACCAUAAUGACUGUGCCAAUUUACUUUUGCCCAAGUUUUUAAUUUUUAUUUAUAUAGGAAGUUAAUUUUAAUAUUAAAUUACAGAUCUAUAGUAUGUAACCAUGAGAAAAUUGCUUUUGCUUUGGUUACUGUGACAGGUUGUUGCUGUCAGUCUCUCAUUACAAUGCUCAGUUCUAAUGUAAUGUUAUCUAACAUGCAGGCAUGUGGAUCAGGGAAAAAAGUUAAUUUAACUUAACCCAUUAAUUAUUUCUGUUAAGUAUGAAUAUGUUUUCCCCAAAGCUGGUAAUUUUGGGCUGGAAAAGAUAGUGGAUCAUAUUGCUGAUGAUGAAAUCAUGGACUGAUUUGAAAUA